AUGCUUGGUGUCUUUUCCGUUGCCGAACAGCAAAAGAUUAAUAACCUCUUAACCGAAGAAAAAGCCAAAGUUCAAACAUUAAGUCAAAAAGUCCAGCCGGAAUCGAUUGACAAAGCCACGUGGCCCGAACUUUUGGAAUAG